AUGAGCCUAUAAAGGCGGGACUCAUCGUGUUUUGCUCCAGCAUCCCUAUACAUCUCCAUCAACACCUUGUUCGCCGAGUCUUUCGACUUUGUAUCAACUACAAGUUCUGUUCUACGUAGCAUCUCUACCGUUUUUUCACUUGAACCACCAUUUAAAUAAGCCUUUGCGAUGCUUAUUCCCGUUUGCCACGCCAAUGAGAAUGAUGGGUCUUCGACUUCUAUGCCCAUCAGAAACUUAUCCAUAGCCUCCACGUCUGGAAUGUUUAUGAAAAACUUCUCUGCCUCUCUCAACCCUGAAUGGAUCUCAACAAGAUAAAGCCGCGAUGCAAAAUCUUUAGAGCUUAGAUCAAAAAUACCUCGACUAGUUACCCACUCUGAGACCUAA